GUGGCGCAUCCUCCCGCCCCUCCGCUCUGUCGCCAUAUCACUUAUCGUUUCAACAUCAACCAUCAGCCGUUCAACCGCCCGGAACAAAUAAAGUCGUGAGCAGCUCGGAGAGGCGCUUGGCGCACGCUUCAGAUUAAAGAGGGUCAUCCAUCGAGUUUUGCGUCUCGUCGGCCGAAGUUGACCGUCACCCCGCGGCUGGCUGCUUGUGACAGUUCAUAUUCUUCGGAAUAGUUUACCCGCACGCCCCGGAGAGAGGGAGAGUUGGGGGGGGGCGGUGUCACACACACACACGAGCUGACUCGUUGUUUUAUCACUGCAGGUUUUUUUUAAAUUUUUUUAUUUUUUUUUAAAAUCUUCUGGACAAGUGGCCGGAGGCGAAGAUGGCCAGGGCUGGAGGUGUUUUGAGGUUGGCCGCCUUCAUCCUCGCGUUCCUGCUUAUCCUCUUCAUGGCUUUUCAGCUGCUGGAGAUAAACAUGGACUUCCAGCUGGGCAGCGUGAUGUCAAGAUCCAUGCCGUCGAACCCAGCCUCAACAAAGCCAUUCAAGCACAAGUGCGGGCUCUCCAAGUCGUGCCCGCCCGGGAGCUUCGCCUUCCGGAUGGCGAGCGGCGCGGCCAGCGUCGUGGGACCCAGAGUCUGCCUGGACGACAAACUAAUAAUGAGCGCCGUGAAGAACAACGUGGGGAGAGGAAUCAACAUCGCUCUGGUCAAUGGGAGAACGGGGGAAGUUAUCAAGACGGAUUUCUUUGACAUGUGGGGAGGAGAGGUGGCUCCCUUCGUCACCUUCCUGAAGGGAAUAGGGGACGGGACGGUGGUGUUGAUGGCCUCCUUCGACGAUGCAGCCACAAAACUCAAUGACGAGGCCAAGAAGCUCAUCGCCGACCUCGGCAGCACCGUCAUCAACAGUUUGGGCUUUCGCGACAGCUGGGUCUUCGUGGGAGGCAAAGGCAUCAAGACCAAGAGUCCGUUCGAGCUGCACAUAAAGAACACCGCGGAAACCAACAAGUUCGAGGGGUGGCCCGACGUGGUGGAGAUGGAGGGCUGCAUCCCGCAGAGGCAGGACUGAACCCCGGCAGCCCCCCGCCCCCGCCGCCACACUGAUGAGCGACUCGCACUUCUUCUUCUUCUUCUUCUUCUUCUUCUUUUCCAGCCCCCCCACCCCUCCACCCCCGCCUCCUGAGAUUGUUCCGCCUUCCAGGACGAAAUCCUUCCAGACGAGGGAGAGAUAAAGGGGGGGGGGGGGUCGGGGGUCGUGAAGCUCGGACGCUUUCUGGAAGCAUGGAUGUAGGAGGAGGUGGACCGAAUCACGUGGACCUUCAUUUGGCUUGUCGGCGCGCUGGCGGCCUUUGUGACUCCACUGACGGCGUUGCGUAAUUGCACUGUUGCCGAUGGAAACGGGUUUCACGGAGGGCCGCGUUUUCCGUUUCCUGUUGUUUGCCUUAAUCGCGUUCUUGGUUUUAGACGGACGCGGAUUUGCGAGGGAGAAUUUUUACUGGGAAAAUGAUAAUUAACAGGGUUCUUUUAAUCAAAUGUACCAAAUUCACUGUGAUAUUUGUAAAUACCCAUUUAGAGAAUAAUCUAAAAGAUCUUAAAUUAAUGGCCGUUAUAACGAUAAUAUUAAUUUUUUAAUGAUAUUGAUAGAGAAAUGUGUGUGUCAGGGGAUUAAAUGUCUUUUUGUUUAGUGUUGUAGGUGGUAGGUGGUUAUUUUCUGUUUAGUCAAAUAAAGUCAAUGCCUCCGGC